ACGAAGUGCAACAUGGAUUUUCGAUCUUAUUCAGCACUCUACAAAUAAAGAUUAGAAAUGUUUGAAAUAUUUCCUAUAGCCGAUCCUGUACCAUGGCCCUUCGCUGGCGUAUUUUGGCCGCUUGGCACAACUAUAACCGCGUAUUUAAUUUUUGUGCUGAAACUCGGACCAAUGCUUAUGGCAAAUCGAGAACCCUUUAAGCUGCGCGGUGUCCUUAAAGUGUAUAAUUUGUUUCAAAUUAUAUAUAAUAUUAUUCUGGUGUUAUGCGGCUUAUAUCUCUUACUCUGGAGUAAGGCUUAUCCCGACUUAAGCUGCAUUAUGAUAUUGCCUCUCGAUCACGAAAUGAAGAACGUCGACCGCAUAAUUAAUUACUUAUACCUUCUGAACAAAAUCGUCGAUUUGCUGGACACGAUCUUCUUUGUGCUGCGGAAGAGUUAUAAACAGAUUACCUUACUUCAUCUUAUUCAUCAUGUCUAUAUGCCAUCAGGCUGUUACUUCUUCCUUCGAUUAUAUGGAUUCGGAGGUCACUUAGUUUUAACAGGAACUUUCAACUCUAUUACGCAUACAGUGAUGUAUAUCUACUAUUAUCUGUCAUCUCAGAAUCCGAAUAUUAAGCAAAGCAUAUGGUGGAAGCAAUACGUGACCAUUAUGCAAAUGGUUCAGUUCAUCUUGAUGUUUAUUCACAGCUUAUGGACGCUUAUGCAAAAAGAGUGUGAGAUGCCCUAUCCACUGAUAUUUAUUGUGUUUUUUAUAGCAGGCCUUAUGUUAGUGAUGUUCACCAACUUUUAUAUAAAAUCCUAUUUAAAGAAAAAUACUACUACUACUAAUCGAAAGAUGUAAGAAAGCUAAGAUCGAGUGCAAUACAUUAUGGAAUAAGUCUUAAAAUAUACCGAAUAAUUUAUCGAAUUCUGUAAAAUAUAUUGAAGGCGGCUGUAUAUUACCAUGAUAUCAUAGACUACAAAAUAUAUCAGAUUGUCAACCAAAGUAAAUAAGA